AUGCCUCGCGGUGCCGAUUACGACAACGGGAUCCCCCAGAGCGACAACGCCAUCGAGACCGGCCCCAACAAGGCCCACGGUGUCGGUGCUGAUGACGGCCCUCUCGACCGCAAGGUCGCCCCCAUGCCUGAAGAGACCGGUUCCGACCGCGAAGUCUACAGCGGUACCGGCGCGCCCGGCCACAGCAGCGGCAAGGGCGGCCACGAGCCCAAGACUCUCGGCGAGAAGAAGGGUCUCGGUUCCCUGCCCGGACAGUAA